GGGCCCUUGUGUUAACUCAGCUAUGUUCUAUUGAAUUCGUGUGGUUCACAUGGGUCUGUGACGGUCAUCUAGAAGGACACAGGUCUGACAUCGUAGCAUAAGAAGUCAUAAGGUGUCUUCACAUUUCCACCACAGUCUUGAAGGGAAAAUACCUCUAGACCUUCCUUCCUAAUGAGAUUGAUCUGAUGGCCUGCAGAGUCAAGAAGAAUAUCAAUGACAAGCAUCUGCCCAGCCACUCCUCCAUAACACUGCAUAUUCACUGUGAAUAAUAAGUUUGGGGAGCCCCCUCAUCUUUGUACAGCUUUGUGUCUCAACCAUACAGUUUUACACUGCAGUGGACAUCUAUAUUUGAAAGUCUACAAAAUGAAAGGCCACGUCAGAAUAUUUCUUGCUACAUUAGUGAUCUGUUCUUGUCUUGUUUUUAUCUACUUAAAUUUCAACCAAGAGGGGCCUAAUACUCACUGUGAUUUAUCAGAUAUUCCUGUGAGGCCUGUCAUGGGCCACCCAAGCAUCAGACCUGUUACGGAUGGAAAAGCAAAGAGAGCUCAACUUCCUCAUGUAAGGAUAUCCGAGGUCCACGUUUCCCCUGCAUUUAGAAAAAGUAUUCCACAGAGUAGUGCAUUCUGGAACAGAAAGUUUCACUCUGGUCUCAAAAAGUUGAAUGACGCAGGACAUCUCAGACUCCCUGAAAUCAGUGGCAAUGGUACACUGGAGAGUACAGAGUAUCUGCAAGCAAACAUACCAAAUUUCAAUACCUACCCACCCAUGUACAAAGAUUUUGUGCGUAGCAUGAAUUUCCGCAGUCCUGAUAUUCUCAUUAAUCAGCCCAACAAGUGUACCUCUAAUGGCAAACCUGACAACGUGACUCUUCUCUUUGGAAUUAAGUCAAGUGCUCGCAAUUUUGAACGACGACAAGCAGUUAGGCAGACUUGGGGGCAAGAAGGGGUUUAUGAAGACAUGCAUAACAGUUUGCUGGUACGCACAGUUUUUCUCUUGGGUACCUCUUCCUUGGAUGAUCCUGAUCUCGGAAUGCUCUUGUCUGUUGAAGCACAGCAGUUUGGUGAUCUGCUUGUUUGGGACUUUAAGGACACAUUUUACAACCUUACUCUAAAGGAGCAUGUAUUUCUCAAAUGGUCUAUCCUACACUGUCCUCAGGUCUCCUUUAUUUUCAAGGGUGAUGAUGAUGUUUUUGUUAAUACAAAAGCUAUUCUUGAAUACCUUAAGUCACUGCAGCCAGCCAAGAAGUCAAAACUGUAUGUUGGCCAUAUAAUAGUACAAACCUCCCCCGUGCGUUUCCGUAAUAUAAAGUACUUUGUCCCACAAACCUUCUAUGAUGGACCCUAUCCACCCUAUGCUGGUGGUGGUGGCUUUGUCUUCUCAGGGGCUUUGCUAGAGUCCCUCUACAGUAUAAGCUGGCACAUCCCCUUUCAUCCCAUUGAUGAUGUCUACACAGGGAUGUGCUUCUUAGCUCUUGAUAUAGCUGCAGAGAAACACAUGGGGUUCAAGACAUUUGACUUCAUGGUGAAGGAGCGGGAGAAUCCAUGUCUGCACAAACAUCUGCUUGUGGUGCAUCGAAGAAGUCCACAGGAAACUAUACGGUUGUGGCAGAAAUUGAAAAGCCCUAUCCUUAUUUGCUAAGGCAAAUCUCUGGCCUAAAUGGCAAGAUGGUGGCGCGCAUUGACGCAGCGGCUCGGUGCUCCACUUUUCAGUGCCUUUUAUCUCUUAUCUUUAUUUUUAUACCGGCACUGUUAGUGGUCACUUGCAAUUUCGUUGUUCAACUUGUUGAAUAAUGACAAAUAAAGAUUCUAUUCUAUUCUAUUCUA